AAUGCUGAAAUAGCCUGUGCCCCUUUAAAAUAAAUGGAUUAAAAUACGUAUAAAAGUCUCACUGAAACAGUUUUAGUGAUCAUUUCAUGUAGGAACUUUCUGUGAGGGAGCUUUUAGAAGGGGACGUCUGGUUCCCAUCACCACCACUGUAAAAACAAAUAUUCACUCCAAACCGCUCUGAAUGACUUUCUUAACAUCACAAUCUUUUAAUCGUGUAGAACUUGUGAAAAACGGGUGGAUUUUCCCUGGAAAUGUGCAAUCUUUUGAAGAUUUGUUUGCUGGAAUCUUUGAAAUAUCGCUAAACAGAAAGGAAAUCAACAGGUGGUUGAGUAUGCAGCGGGGCGGGGAUAUGCAAAUAUGACGCGCGUGAUUGGACGCUCUGCUCAGGAGUGGGCGUGGUCGGCGCUGCGGAUGGUGUCAGUUUACGCCGCUUCUACAACUAAACUCACUCCGAAAGCUGAAGCAUGGUGAGAGCUCCGCAUCACUGAGCGGCUCCAAAACAGAAACACCUACUUUUUUCCAGAGAAGGUUUGAGGGAAACCAGCCAUGCAUAGUUGCUCUUAGUUUGGGUGAAAAGCUGCGGAAAUUCACUCGCUCUAGCUUCAGUUUUCGCCAUGGCCGAGCAGCGGCAGCUGGUCGAUUUCGACCCGGACUUCGAGCCUCUUUCCCGGCCGCGCUCUUGCACUUGGCCGCUGCCGAGACCGGACCUCAGCGAGCCGGGCGGUUCGAGCACAUCCUCCCCGGCGCCUUCGGUGAAGCAGGAGCCGGGCAAUGUGGACUUUAUCAGCAGCCUGAGCCUGCUGGAAGAGACGGAGGACUACCCGGAGGAUGGGAAGGGGUUUGUGCCGUGCAGUGGCUUCCCGUGUCCGGAAGGCUGCGUCCACCAGCAGCCCCAGCAGCCCCAGCAGAGCCCCAGGCUGGUUCAGCAGCCGCAGCAGCAGCAGCAGCAACAGGUGCCUCUUUCCGGGCAGAGGAAGAGCAGCUCUUCGCGUAGAAACGCCUGGGGCAACAUGAGCUACGCGGAUUUGAUCACCAGGGCCAUCGAAAGCUCCCCUGAGAAGCGCCUCACCCUGAGUCAGAUCUACGAGUGGAUGGUGAAGAGUGUGCCUUACUUCAGGGACAAGGGGGACAGCAACAGCUCCGCGGGAUGGAAGAACUCCAUCCGCCAUAACCUGUCUCUGCAUAGCCGGUUUGUGCGUGUUCAGAAUGAGGGAACCGGCAAGAGUUCGUGGUGGAUGCUGAACCCUGACGGAGGGAAGAGCGGGAAGUCCCCCCGCCGCAGAGCCACCUCCAUGGACAACAACAGCAAAUUCGCCAAGAGCCGUGGACGCGCCGCAAAAAAGAAGAUGUCUCUACAGGCUGGUUUAGACGCUGGCUCUAACAGUCCUGGCUCGCAGUACUCUAAGUGGCUUGGUAGCCCGAACUCCCACAGCAACGAUGACUUCGAGGCCUGGACCACCUUCCGGACGCGGGCAAGCUCGGACGCCAGCACGCUCAGUGGCCGGCGGUCACCGUAUUUGGCCGAGGAGGAUGUUGGCGAGGCUGGAGAAAUCCACAUGGGCUACCCUGGCACUCCUGGCACCAAACUCGGGGGCACCCUGCCCAGCCUGUCUGAAGUGGCCGGAUCACUGGGUCACCAUGGGUCGUCCAAAAACGUGAUGAUGGAGAAUCUUUUAGAUAACCUCAACCUUCUGUCACCCAAAAAUAACAGCCAAGGUGGACAGGACAGCCAGAAUGCCUCUGGAAAUUCUGGAUAUUCGCCCUACAGCUCACCCGGACUGGGUGCCCAGCCUCAAAGCCAGCCGGACUUUCGUAAGUGGCCAUUGUCCAUUCAGACUCUAUCAGACAGUAAGCCAAGAGGUUAUGGUCCCUUCAUGGGACAGUAUAACUGCCCCACAGGCCUUUUAAAGGAGCUUUUGACCACUGAGGCUGACCCUAGAGGGGAUAUACUGCCCCCUAUGGAAGCUGUGGGGUCACAAAGUGGGGUACUGCCCCCGUAUAAUGCCCAGGGGCAGUUAGGGCAGGGGGGCAAAUUGACCGGCCCUCACACACAUGGCCACCCAAACCCACACCCAAGGCCAAUUCACCCUCAGCUGCCCUCCACAAUGAACGGUUGUGGCCUUUUGCCCCUAGGCCAUCCUGGUCGCCAUGGUAACGUGAAGCCAUACCCUCACCUGCCCCAUGGACAAGCGCCUCACCUGGGUGGAAGAGGAGGGGGCGGAGCCGUGGAUGCAGCACCGCCACCGAAUUACUGCAAUGUCAAUGGUAAUGGUUACCAUAGAAACACCCCGGUCCAGCAUCACCACCAUCACCACCAUCACAGUCACCUGGAGCGGUUGCCUAGCGACCUGGAUGACAUGUCCAUCGAGCGGCUGGAGUGUGACGUGGAGACGGUCCUGCACGACACGCUGAUGGAUGGCGACGCACUGGACUUCAACUUCGACCCCAUGGCCAGUCAGCAGGGGUACGCGCACACGAGUGUCGCGCAGGGGGUCAAGACCACCACACACAGCUGGGUGUCUGGAUAAAUGCACACAUCCAUGCAUAGACUCUGAUUGAUAGCCUUCUUUACUCUAAGAGCAAAACGUUGAGCAUACACUGUGAUGUAUGAAGCCUUUUCGAAUAUCUGAUUAUACGGUAGUGCUGUACGAUAUUGAUCAAAUUCAAUAUCACAAUACUUUCCAAACAUAUCAUGAUAUCUGAUGAUAUUUAAGUUUGCCUUGAUAUAGUUCACCAUAAUCCUCACAAAUCUAAUUUUUUGCCUAGAUCUGUGACUCAGAUCGGAUACGUAUCCAAUUCGUGGCCGUGUGGCCUUAAUUUGACGCUCAGGUCGGAAUUCAUGUCCUUUUUUUCCACUGUGCUGUGCCAUCAUUCAGCGUUACCAUGGCAACAGCGCCGAACAGACGUUAAAGCCCGUAAACGGUGGAAAAGCAGCUCAUCUCACCUUUUUCUCCUCC